AUGAUCCGACCAGAUACGCCAGAGCCACAAGCUCAGAUUCUCGCCUCGAAGCCCCCCAUACAGAACCAUGAUCCCGAAGCUGUUCAUGCAGUGGACGGAGAAGCUCUUAUCGUCGAUUGGGACGGGCAAGGGGACCCCGAGCACCCCUUGAAUUGGUCAAAUGGAAAGAAGGGGCUGAACAUCGCCAUACUGUCUCUUCUCAGCGUAGUCACGCCUCUGGGCUCCUCAAUGUUCGCGCCUGGCAUUCCCCUUAUCAUGGAAGAAUUUCACGACGAAAGCUCCGUUACUGCAACCUUCCUGCUCUCGAUCUACGUUCUUGGAUUCGCCCUUGGUCCUCUGCUUGUCGCCCCAAUCAGCGAACUGUAUGGCCGCAGAUAUCUCUACAUCUUCGGGAAUAUCCUCUUCACAGGGUUCACAAUCGGGACAGCGCUGAGCAAUAGCAUCGGAAUGUUGCUUACUUUUCGCCUCUUUAUGGGUCUAUCUGGUGUUGUUCCCCUCACUAUUGGGAGCGGAAGCAUCGCAGAUAUGAUGCCACCCGAGAAGCGAGGUAGAGCUGUUUCCAUCUGGGCACUGGGUCCCUUGUUAGGAGCAUGUGUUGGGCCGGUCGCUGGCGGUUAUCUCAUUCGCGCCACCGGAUGGAGGUGGGUGUUUUGGCUCAUCAGUAUUCUAGCAGGAAUAUUCAUACCAGUCUCGAUUCUGGUAUUACGGGAGACGUAUCCCCCUGCCAUUCUAGAGUACAAGGCCGGCCGUCUCCGGAAGAAGACUGGAAACCAAGAAAUACGAAGCAGGCUCGAACAAAAGACUCGUAUGUCAGAAAAACUACGUCUCGCCGCCAUGCGCCCGAUCAAGCUCUUGGUAGCCACUCCGGUGGUCACCCUCAACGCCCUCUACAUCGCUAUUUCUUACGGCAUCCUGUACCUUCUGGUAGCAACUUUCACUUUUGUCUACACAGAACACUAUGGAUUUGACGAGAGUUCGAGCGGUCUCUCUUUUCUUCCCGCCGGCAUUGGCAUGGUCGUUGGCGUGAUCGGUUUCGGGCAGUUGACCGACUUGAUUGUGAAGCGGACGAAAGCCAGAGGCUUGGAGUAUAAGCCCGAAGACCGAUUGAAACCGAUCAUGACUGUUCCUUGUGCGCUAGCUUUACCAUUCGGCUUGUCUCUCUACGGCUGGACGGUGCAGAAUGAGGUCCAUUGGAUUGUUCCGAUGUUGGGUGUCAUGAUUAUAUGUAUUGGAUUGAUGGGCACAAUGACAUGCAUCCAAAACUAUCUCAUUGAUGCCUAUCCGCAAUAUGCCGCCUCGGUGACAGCGGCACUGAUAAUUUUGAGGUCGCUUCUUGGUGCUCUAUUGCCCUUAUCUGGAUUGGAAAUGUACGAUGCUUUGGGCCUUGGUUGGGGGAAUAGCUUGUUGGGGUUCAUUGCGCUGAGUCUUGUUCCAAUUUUGGUAUCAUUCUUCGUCUUUGGGGAGCGUAUACGGGGCAGAUUCAACCCCAAGUUGUGA